UAAAACACAUUCAAAAGACACCACCCCAUUACACAUCCCAAUACAGCAGCAGGGGAAACUUAUAACCCCGCCAGGCAAGGCACUCCCUUCACUGCACUUCAGCGUUUCAAGGCAGCAGGAGUGUAAGAAACCUCCGUCCACAGAAAGGCCCUUUCUUUCUCAAAGACUUCUCUGCAUUCGAGGCAUCCCUGUGCUGAGGAGGCAAGAUGUUGGUGCUACUGGCGGGGAUUUUUGUCAUCCACAUUGCCACUGUGAUUAUGCUCUUUGUCUCCACCAUUGCUAACGUUUGGAUGGCAGGCCGGAUUGGUACUGCGACAAACUCAACAGGGCUCUGGAUGGAAUGUCUAAAUGGGCAGUGUUCAGAUGUUCAUGUUUCAGACAGUGACCUCUCUGCCCUCAAAUCAGUGCAAGCUUUCAUGAUCCUGGCCAUCAUCUUUUCCUUUGUCUCUCUGGUGAUGUUUGUGGUGCAGCUGUUCACGAUGGAGAAAGGAAAACGCUUCUACAUCACUGGAGCCUUGAUGCUGAUUGGCUGGCUCUUCAUCCUGAUUGCUGUUUCUAUCUACACUGCCCGAUUUCCGCAAUACUUCGUAGGCAAGGAGGACCACCAUGGUUAUUCCUUCAUCCUUGCCUGGAUUUGCUUUUGCUUCAGUCUCAUCGUUGGGGUUCUGUAUCUUGUACUCAGAAAGAAAUGAGGGCCCCAUCGGGUGAAAGUGGGAGGGAGGAUUAGAAAAACCAGGGGGCUUGUGGGAGGGAUGUGAAGUCACUUUGCAAUGAGAAUGGUUUUCCAAAAGAAAUGAUUCCACUGCUCAGCAACCAUGCCCAGUCACUGAAAGGCAUCCACCAAAAAGAGAAAAAGAAGAGGCUGCAGACUCCUCAUCAGGGGAUCAGGAUGAGGAAUGCUUGAAGACCCUUCACAAUAGCCAGAGGCCGUCUCCUUUCUCACACAAUUAUUAUGAGCAUCUCUUCUGAAAGGACAUUAAAGUUCUGCCUCCUUGACUGCAGAAAACCUAGGAACAGCACUGAAGAUUUUUGCCUUUCUUCUCUAGACCUCUAGCAAAGGGACCUCCUUCAGGCUCUCUGCUCUUCAUCCCCGCUCCUUUGUGGAAGGUGUGGUGAGAUGAGCACUGAGAUUUGUCAGGUCUUCUAAAUUUAAUGACGGUACAGAUUCCUUGUUACGUGUCCCUGAAAAGUGAAAGAUAUGAAAUAUGGAACCAGCCUCACUUGAGGCCAAUUUUCAGGUUUAAAAAUCACGAAUGAGUAAGCCUGGGUAUUUCCACCAUAGUCUUCAUCGCUUUUCUUUCCUUCCUUCCUCUUUUAAAAGAAGGAGGAUAGAGUUCUUGCUGCUGAAAUGAGGGAGGUGGUGGCAACAGCCGCUGAGAAGAGUGGUUGAGGGCAGAGAGGCAAAAAUGUUAAUUAUGCAGAGUGGAGACCUUCCGUAGUGCUCAAAAGAAUACCAUCAAAGGGCAUCACUUCCUGUUAGAGCUCAUUGUGUACCUAUUUGACACAGCUGCACUAUGAAGGCCUCACAGAGUCCCCAUGGUAUCAGUAAAUUGGUGGGUCUGUGGUGGUCACAGCCCACAAGUAGUAAGACUGAAAGAGCUUUCUCUGGUCAGAUCACUGAAGCAUUCACCAUUGGCACAAGAAAUCUCUCCUCUCACCACCAAACUGGGUUUCUUCCAUUAUUUCUAGAUAAUGGGCAACUUCAGAGUGCUGCAUUGUUAGAGUUAGGGGGUUGGUUUUUUAAAAAUCAGGUUUUUAAAAGCUAGUUUCGAUGGACAAUGUGUACCUUGUUCUCCUUAAAGGCCUUUAAAUCCUAGAAGAAACGUGCCCUGUGGGAUAGAGCAGGGCUGCUGUUUCAGGAUUCUGCCUGGCUGGAUGAUGUCAGUCAGGGUUUCCAGUUUGCCUCUUCCAGCACCACCGUCCAUGCUUUCCUUUUGUAUAACUCAUCUCCCAGGGGACUAGAGAAAGCCCAGCUAAUUAAAAAUUUGCAAACAGAAAGCUAAGCAGGAAAUGGCAGUGUGGAAGCAGGAAGAAUUAUCAUUAUGCUAUAGUUUCUGUCCACAUCAGGAUUUUCAGUCCUUGUAUUCCUGCCACUGCUAUCCAUUACAGAUUAGAAUAAUAAGUGGGAACGAUGAGUGGCAAGAAGAUAACACUUUCUUUACUCUUUGCUCCAUUCAAAUCAUAUAAAAAGGGGACACAAAUUCAGGGCUGCCAAGUCUAGUUGAAACAGUAUUCUCUUUCCUUCUCUCUUUGUUACAUUCUUUUCCCAUAUAGACUUCUGUAAUUGGUUAGAUUGUUCUACUGUUUUACUUGCCAUUUCUUGAAGUUUACUUCAAAUGCAGUCAAUGUAAAUAUUUUGAUACAAGUGUUUCGAACAGUAAGGAUAAAGAAAAAUACAAUUCAUUUCCCUUUAUCA